AUGGCUGAUAAAGGUGCACGACGAGGCUCCUCUCUUUUCUCUAACCCUGCUGCCGCAGCAGGAGCUGCCGGGGGUGGCGGCGCUCCUGGAGAUAACCAAGGGCCCAAAAGACAGAGUGUCGUACUCUCGGGACUUGGAGGCGGCGUUGGCUUUGGCAUUGACUUCGACGACUCGGACUAUGAUGAUUCUGAUGAUGAGGAUGUCCCCCACGGAGGUCCAUAUGGAGGGCAAGGUCUUCCCGGCCAAGCCAUGCCAGGAAGCGCCCCUGGAGCGCCUGCCGUUACUGGAGCUCAAAACAGUCGUCCAAUGGUUGGAGGUUUUGCUGCUGCUGCAUACGAAGCUGCUCGUGCGCACCAUUUCCAAAACGUAGCCAAGCAGAAUGCUAUGAAGGGGGCAAAGCCAGGUCAACCAGGGCCACCACCUAAAGGGUCUCAGCCUUCAAAGAAGCUACAUUAG